AUGACAGACAGGGUUAUUUCGAAAAAGGAUUCCACCUCAAAUGAAGGUAUUGUGGAACCAAGCACAAAUGAUGAAGAUGAAGAGGCUCUCAUUACGACAAAUACUGUCCAGCAAGGUUCUGUUGCCGCCGAAGCAACCCCUGAGCUCAAGUCACACGGAUCUUUAGACUUCCUGCGAAAGAAAGGUCAAAUGAAAAAGCAGCACGAUCUUUUGCAAAUGGCAACCGAAAUCAAUGAGACGGCCAACUUGGAAGGAUUUAGCAACCGCAUGGCACCUGAUGCUAGCCUGCUGCACAUGGCAGCAGAAAUCAAUGAGGCGGCCAAGUUGGAAAAGUUCAGCCACAACAAGUCUGCUGAUAGUGACCACUCUCUCAUGCAAAUGGCAACAGAAAUCAAUGAGACUGCUAAGCUGGAGAAGUUCAGCCACAACAAGUCUGCUGAUAAUGGCCACUCUCUCAUGCAAAUGGCAACAGAAAUCAAUGAGGCGGCUAAGCUGGAGAAGCUCAGCAGCAGCAGGCCCACUGAGAGUGGAAUCAACUCUCAAGGUUCCAGAGCAGGGCAGCCAGUAUCUGGAUCACCUCAAGGGAGUCCACAGCUACCUCUGCCAGGUGCCUACAGUGGUACACCCGGAGAAGCCUUGCAGCGUACCAACAUCAUUAGAUUUUCCCUCCUUGGUGCUCCCGCUAGAAUUCUGGAGGAUAAUAUUGAAUUGCAAACCGAAGUCAUUCAAGCAGGUAACGUGCCACAUGUGCUACCCAACAGUGUCAACAACAACAACAUUGAUCAGGAGCUGGCGGUAGCAAAUCUUGUUGUGGAGGAUUCAGAGCACCUCAGGCUCCAAAUGAGACCACCAGCAAGCCCGGUGGACAUGCAGAUGGUUGAGGAAAGACAACAAAAGAAGAGGCGACAGGCUCAGUUGUUUAUUUUGUUUCUGACCAUGUUGUGCAUAGUGGCAGCCAUUAUUGUUGGCACAGUGGCUGGAACAAAAAAAGAAAAGGGUCCAGGUGCAAUAGGCAGCAUCCAAACUGCUACACCAACAGCCUUUGGUUCCAUGGAGCCUUCUGGAGUUCCUUCCUCGGCUCCAACUGGAAUUCUUGAUUUCAUGCUCGAAAAUCUGCCAAGUUACACUUUGGAGAGCUUGCAGACAUUUGGGACACCCCAGUGGCGAGCAAAGGACUGGCUGUUGGACCACCAAAACAUCACCCUAUUGCCAGAGUGGAGGAAGACACAACUAUUUGCUCUGGCAUGCUUCUACUUUGCCUUUGAAGGUGAUAACUGGUUUGAACCUAUCCAAGAAAAAUGGAUGGAUGACAGAGUGGAUGAAUGUCUGUGGUUCUCGAGUGGAUUUUCGUUUUUUUAUGAUGGUGUGUAUAGGGAAUAUUCUCCUUCCCGUGCUUCUCUUCCAUGCAACCACCUUGGAGAAUACACCAGUCUUUGGGUUGAAGAUCUCUACCUUCCUGGUCUUACACCAGUUGUUCCGCCUGAAAUUACUCUGUUGACAUCCUUGUCUCGGAUUGGGCUGGGAUGGAACAAGAUUUCUACAUCGAUCAAAAGUUUGCUACCAAGCGAAGUUUACAAAAUGACAACCUUAGCAUGGCUGAACAUGGAAACCAAUCAUUUGAGCGGAAGAAUUCCUACAGAGGUUGGACUUUUGACAGGUUUGGCAUCUCUGUUUUUGAGCUACAAUGGUCACUUGUCUGGCCAGAUCCCCUCAGAGCUUGGGCUCUUGACUUCCCUGGCAAUUCUAUCUCUCCACAGCAAUCAGAUCACAGGGCAGAUUCCUUCACAGCUGGGAAGCUCAAGUGAUUUGUACCAGCUGAUACUGAGUGAGAAUCGACUCUCAGGCCCACUCCCAACUGAAGUUGGGUUGUUGACCUCUUUGGCUGACUUGUAUUUGUACAGCAACGAAUUGACGGGCCAAAUUGGUACAGAGCUGGCUCUCUUGAAUGCAUUGGAUGCCCUGUGGUUGGAUACAAAUCUGUUGACAGGACAGAUUGCUACAGAAUUUGGAAUGAUGGCCAAUCUGACUGUCUUUGGGGCUGCCACAAAUCUCUUAACAGGUCCCAUUCCAUCGGAGCUUGGAUUGCUGCCAUUGACUACGUUAACUUGGGGUGACAAUGGCUUUUCAGGCCGAAUCCCUGUCGAAAUUUGGUCACAGACAACUUUGGGAUGGCUCUAUUUGCCUUCAAAUUCCCUUACAGGCUCCCUGUCCAGUGACAUUGGUCUGUUGUCCUCAUUGUUUGAGCUGGACCUUUCUGGAAAUCGCUUUACUGGGACAAUCCCCAUUGAAGUUGGCUCCUUGAUAUCCUUGCAAAAGCUCUAUUUGAGCAACAAUAGCUUGACAGGAACCCUCCCCUUUCAACUGAAUGAAUCAAUGGGGUUGAAACUUGAUGGUAAUCAGCUUUCAGGAACUGUCCCAGUGCACCUUUGUUCUGCGCUGUGGUGUGACUGUACAGCCAAUGUGACACCAGUCUCCACCUGUGCUGACCUGAAUGAGCAUCUAGCUUUCCCAGGUCGGUUCCCACCAACAAGAGAUGAAGAAGAUGGCCAACAAAUUGUUCUUAACAUAGAAUCUGAUGGGUACCCAUGGCAGAUGGGGUGGGUCUGGCAACAAGAAUCAAAUGUGACUGGUGUUUGGGAACCACUGGAAGAAUCCGGUUGGGCAAUUCAAGCAGCGGAUUUUCUCUACUCGUUUGUCCUCGAUGUUGUUGUACCCAACACGUACAAACUUGUCAUUUCAGACAGUUAUGGAGAUGGCUUUACCACCUCUGGAUACAUCACUCUGACAACAGCAAAUCAAACAGUGCUGUAUUCUUUUACUGAAGUUGACACACCUUUCACAGAAAUCACUCUGGUUGUUCUUGUUGGGGCUGACGGCUUCGUCAAGGAGAUCACUGCAGCUGUUGAAUGUGAUCCAGUCAAUCAAUUUUUUUGCUGA